UGGAGCAGCGAAAACGAAGCGCCGGAGCUGGGAACAAAAGCUCCAAAACGGUGCAGACCACCCAUUAGAGAAAGAGCGAGAUAGCGAGACCGAGAAAGAGAGACAUAACGGAGGCAGAGCAAAGGAGAGAGUGUCAAACAUUAGAGAGAGAGCACCUCUUAUAGAGAGAGUCCCCCACGAGACAGAUUGUUAUUUGGCGACAGUGACAGUUGAGUCCCGCACAGAAUUAUCUGCUCAGUGCUAAAGUUGUACUCGUGCUGCGUAGCUCGUGUGGGCAAGGCCGUUUCUCGACACGCCCACCGCCCAACGCCCCCGCGCGUCCCCUGCCACGCCCCCUACAGCUGGGCAGAAGCAGCAGCUGCUUUUUAGUAGUAGUGAAGUGCGUGCGCGUCGUUUCGCGGCAAACGGAAUCACCGCCGGUUGUAAAAAAGAAAACGGUAUAGGAUAAAAACGUUAAUAAAUUUUCGUAAAUCAAUCCUAUACAUAGAGUACAUAAAUCAAAGGGCGAACUAAAGUUUAAACAACUCGUAAAUAUACUAUUUACUUUUUCGUGCAAUUCCCUAAUCCAAGUAGCAGCCCACCCCCUUUUAUCAACGAAGCGCCAGUCAAGCAGCCCGUGUUAUCAGCAAACGAAACGCGACAAAAACACAACAAAUAAAUAUAUAUUAUUAAAAAAAAACAAAAAUGAAAAGAAAAAUGCAUUUGAAUGCGUGAGUGUGUGUUUAGGUGAGUAUUAGCCAUGCGAUUGUGUGUUUGUUUGAGGGCCUCCGGCUCAGCUGAGUGCUGAGUAAACAAACAAAAACCAACCGAAGCCAAACACAGACCCCAGCACAAAUACCAGCACAAAUACCAACACCAUUACCACCAUCUAUAAAGAAAACUAAAGACUUUACUCACUCAACAAGAUAUUGGUUGCCUCAAUCAAAGGGAAAAAUCAACUGUUAACCGGCCAGUGGACACAUUUAAAGCCAUCGAAAAAGACAAACAAAAAGUCAGACGUGCAUGAAGUAAAAAUCUGGCGGCUAACCGGCCGAUGAUUCUGGCCCAUCAUCAAUUACCCCAUUGCCGAGCACCUGGCCAUUAAUGCCAAGGAGUGCGCUGAGUGUGGAUUUGUCGAGAGCAACAGGUUGGCCCAGGCAAAUCCCUCUGGACUUCAGGAUUCUCUAGGCCCCCAUAAGUGGGCGAGUACGUGACUUAAUCAGCGGACGCAGCAGGAUUCUGAGACCGGCUAACAAGGCGACCAAAGGAUCACAACGCGAAGAAUUUGGAGCAGAAGGAGGUGUCCUCACAUUUUGCCCGCAAUGAUUUCAUGCACGGCACAGUGAGCAGCAACAACAUGACAGAUGUGUCAUCGCCAGCUGGCGGCGCCACAGCUCCGGUUGAAAUAACCACCACCAGCUCCACAGUCGCCACAACGUCAGCGUCAGCGUCCUCGUCCAAACCGCUGACCAAUGGCGCCAACAAGACGGCCACCACAACGGCAGCUGUGCCGGGAGCUGGAUCGGGAUCUGGAGCCAUCACCUCUAGCACCGCUAGUGGCAAUCAGGUCAAGCUGGAGCAUCAUCACCGGCAGAGCAAUAACAAUCGACCUCUGGCCACUAAUCGCAGUCCAGAAACCAAGCUGAGAUCUCCAGCCGGCGAAAGUGAUGCUGCCUCAAGGCUGAUAGCACCUACCGGCAGUUCCUCAUCCUCAUCGCAAUCUCAAACCUUAUCUCAAGCCAGUAUACAAACCCAAACGAGUCAGCAGGAGAGACUGAUGAAAGCUGGUACUUCGGCAUCCCAGCAGGAUGUCGAUGAGGUGGCUCGGCUGUUCGAAGAGAAACCGGAGGCUUUCGAGAAGUGGCUGACGGAAAGGGCUCCUCCGGAGGCCCUUAGCCGUCUGCAGGAGUUCAUCGAGAAUCGCAAACCGCACAAGCGGCCCUCGGUCACCUCUGAUCUCUUCCAGCAGUGGAUGGCCGCCUCACCAACCGUGCAGCAGAAAUCGCCGAGGAGUCUCUCCAACUCUUCAGCAUCGUCACUUCCGGAGAGCCGGAGGCAUCUGAUGGACUUGGACGAGGGCGAGCUGUUCAUGGAACUGAUUCGCGACGUGGCCAACGAGCUGGACAUCGAUGUGCUGUGCCACAAGAUUCUGGUCAAUGUUGGCCUGCUCACCCACGCGGAUCGUGGCUCACUCUUUUUGGCCAAAGGGACGCCCACCAACAAGUAUCUAGUUGCCAAGCUAUUCGAUGUCACACAAAAGACAGCACUCAAGGACGCGGUGACUCGGGCAAGUGCCGAGGAGAUUAUCAUUCCCUUUGGCAUUGGAAUCGCGGGCAUGGUGGCGCAGACAAAGCAGAUGAUUAACAUCAAGGAGGCCUACAAGGAUGCGCGAUUCAACUGUGAAAUCGAUCUGAAGACCGGCUACAAGACAAACGCCAUCCUCUGCAUGCCCAUUUGCAAUUACGAGGGGGACAUCAUAGGCGUCGCGCAGAUUAUUAACAAAACGAAUGGUUGCAUGGAGUUCGACGAGCAUGAUGUGGAAAUCUUUCGUCGCUAUUUGACCUUCUGCGGAAUUGGCAUACAAAAUGCCCAGCUUUUCGAGAUGUCCGUCCAGGAAUACCGGCGUAAUCAGAUCCUUCUCAAUCUGGCCCGUAGCAUCUUCGAGGAACAGAACAAUCUGGAGUGCCUGGUAACUAAAAUUAUGACGGAGGCCCGUGAACUUUUAAAAUGCGAAAGGUGCUCAGUGUUCUUGGUUGACCUCGACUGUUGCGAAGCGAGCCAUUUGGAGAAGAUAAUUGAGAAGCCCAAUCAACCAGCCACCCGCGCCAUCAAGUCCGCCGAUAGCUUUGAGGAGAAGAAAAUGCGGAAUCGUUUCACUGUGCUUUUCGAACUUGGUGGCGAGUAUCAAGCUGCCAAUGUUUCGAGACCCUCUGUCAGCGAAUUGAGUACCUCGACAUUGGCCCAAAUUGCUCAGUUUGUGGCUACAACUGGACAAACCGUCAACAUCUGUGAUGUCCACGAAUGGGUCAGGGAUCACAAUCAAAUUCGCGCCGAGGACGAAAUCGACAGCACUCAGGCCAUCCUUUGCAUGCCAAUUAUGAAUGCCCAGAAGACGGUCAUUGGUGUUGCACAACUCAUCAACAAAGCCAACGGCGUUCCCUUUACCGAAUCAGAUGCCUCAAUUUUCGAAGCAUUUGCCAUUUUCUGCGGUUUGGGCAUUCACAACACCCAAAUGUACGAAAAUGCCUGCAAACUGAUGGCAAAACAGAAGGUGGCCCUUGAGUGCCUCAGUUACCAUGCCACCGCCAGUCAGGAUCAGACGGAGAAACUCACCCAGGAUGCAAUUGCCGAAGCGGAGUCCUACAACUUGUACAGCUUCACAUUUACUGACUUUGAACUGGUUGACGAUGACACCUGUCGGGCAGUCCUUCGCAUGUUUAUGCAAUGUAAUCUGGUUUCGCAGUUUCAGAUACCUUAUGAUGUCCUUUGCCGUUGGGUUUUGAGUGUCCGAAAGAAUUAUCGUCCUGUGAAGUACCACAAUUGGCGGCAUGCACUCAACGUGGCCCAAACUAUGUUCGCCAUGCUUAAAACUGGAAAGAUGGAGCGUUUUAUGACGGACUUGGAAAUCUUGGGCUUGUUGGUAGCAUGUUUGUGUCAUGACUUGGAUCAUCGCGGCACCAACAAUGCAUUCCAAACAAAGACAGAAUCUCCGCUGGCUAUAUUAUACACUACUAGCACGAUGGAGCACCAUCACUUCGAUCAGUGCGUUAUGAUUCUCAAUUCGGAGGGAAAUAACAUAUUUCAGGCUCUCUCACCUGAGGAUUAUCGCUCGGUCAUGAAGACCGUAGAAAGCGCCAUCCUGUCCACCGAUCUGGCCAUGUAUUUCAAGAAGAGAAACGCCUUCCUGGAGUUGGUGGAAAACGGUGAAUUUGAUUGGCAGGGAGAGGAGAAGAAAGAUUUACUUUGUGGCAUGAUGAUGACUGCCUGCGAUGUAAGUGCCAUUGCUAAACCCUGGGAGGUGCAGCACAAGGUGGCCAAGUUAGUGGCCGAUGAGUUCUUCGACCAAGGAGAUCUCGAGAAGCUGCAGCUCAACACGCAACCAGUGGCCAUGAUGGACAGGGAGCGCAAGGAUGAGCUACCCAAGAUGCAAGUGGGCUUUAUCGACGUGAUUUGUUUGCCCCUCUACAGAGUACUCUGCGACACUUUCCCCUGGAUCACUCCCCUUUAUGAGGGCACUCUGGAGAAUCGGCGAAACUGGCAGGAUUUGGCCGAGAAAGUAGAGAUGGGCCUAACCUGGAUAGAUCACGAUACGAUUGACAAGCCCGUGGAGGAGUUUGCCGCCUGUGCGGAUGAAGAGAUCAAGGACAUCGAGUUCACGGUGACAACUCUCAAUUGCAAUCAGCAAUCCCAGCAUGGGAGUGAAGACAGUCACACACCCGAACACCAGCGAAGUGGCUCCAGAUUGAGCAUGAAGAAGACAGGAGCUUUGGGCAAGGCAGUUCGAUCCAAGCUAUCAAAGACCUUAUACAACAGCAUGGAUGGCUCGAAGCCAAAGACCUCGCUAAAGCUCUUGGAAUCUCAUGUCAGUGAGGAUAUGGACGACAAGAGUCCCACAAGUCCUUCGCAACCGCAGGCCUCUGGUAGCAUGGGCCGUAUGUCCGCCUCAUCCUCGACUUCGUCGGCCGGCGGACAAAUGGUGGACAAAUCGAAAAAGCGAUCCAAAUUGUGCGCGUUGUUAUGACGAAAGCCGUCCAAUUAGAAUAUGGCGACUCCCUCCAGCACGACGGGCAGUGAGACUGACCAAAAGUGCGGAGGGGGGAUGACCGAGUUCUAAUUGGAUUUUUGGUUUUGAAAAAUUAACAAAAACUUUGUGCUCUACUUGUAUUUAUUAGAGUGUUUCGAUUUCGAUUUCGAUUUAAUUUAAACGCGGGGUCUUUGGUAAAACUAUAUUUUUUCUGUAAGACACAUUUUCAGUUACAAAUUUAUCUUAAUAAUAUGAGCAAAGAUCUGCUAAACUGUAA